AUGAAUACACCGGGGGCUCCGAAAAAGCCUCGUCGAUCGGUAGAGAGUGUUCCCAUCACAACACAGGAGGAGUUGAAAGAGAAAAUCAAUUGGAUGAAUGGAGUCGUGUCGCCAUGUUUGACUGAGAGAGUUACACAUUUGGUCACAGAAUAUUGUGACACCGCCUCCAAGAAGUAUACGGAAGCCCGGCGAAUGAGUUUGCCAAUUAUGCUGCCAAGCUGGAUCGAAGCGGCAUGGGAAGCGGCUCAACGUUUCUCGGUUGACCUGUUUACAUCGAAGGAAUUGGCACAACAAUAUCGCACACCAAUCUUCAAUAAAAUGGCGCGUGAAUGGAACUCGAUCAAAAUUGUGCGUUCUACGUGGCUACGUAAAUCAGUGAUGGCUGGCUACAUUCUUCCUGAAAGUGCUUUUGAUCCAGAAAAGCGAAACAGAUGCAGCACACCAGUACAGGACUCACGACUUGUAGAACCAGAAGAACUGGACUGUAGCGCUAUCCAAGGUAGAGGAGGACGACUGGAUAAUUCAACCUUUAAUACACAAAUUACAAAGCAUGAUGGAGAAAGUGAAGCGGAACCGGAGCGAACACCAAUGACUUCAACUCGUAGCACCAAUCUUCGCCGCGAACCAAGUCGCUAUCGUCUUGCGGUAAUUCUUUGUUCAAUUGUUGUUAAGACAUUUUGGUGUCUUUGGGUACUAUUUUAUACAACAUAUUGUUGUAGGGCUGUCGCAUUUGGGUAUGCGGUGCUGAUCAAUCUCGUGCAGAUAAGUGGAAGAAGAUCCUUGACAGGUUUGUAAUCGGUCGGCUCCGUAAUGAUGUAUUCAUUGUUUUUUAUGAACUAAUUCAAAACCUGUUCCUUUUCAUUCCAGAACUUAUUCAAGCUAAAACUCGUGGUAUCCAUGUUGUCCGAGCCGAAUGGAUAACCGCUUGUUAUGCGGAAAAGGAUCAAGUGGCCCUAGAAGAGUUCCUUUGGGAUCCCGACAACAUCAUCUGUAGGACUGCAUCCUUUGAAUGUGCACAGGCGUUGGAAGAAACACCCAGGCGACUUGUUGCUGAGCCCUCGUCGAAACCGGACUGUUCAGGAACAGGGACAAAAGAUUUGGGUGCCUCCGACUAUCUCAAUUUAGCUCCUCUUGGCAACCUUUCGGACGAUCCCGACUUGUCUUCAGUCUUUCGGCAAAGUUGUACCAUCCUCCGACGAAACUACCUUUGUCGACUAUUUCGUCUGCGAUAACAUUGAAUUCGAUCAUGUUCAACCCAAGGAUAACUAUGGAGAUGCAGUUACGGUAUUCUGGGUUAAACGUUGUUUGAUGGAGUAUCGAUUGUUGAAACCCUACAGCCAUCCUCUCUUUCGCCCGUUGCCAGCAGUGAGAGAAAGCAAAGUGUUUUCAAACGUCGUGACUGUCAUCAGUUGCUUUAGCGAUCAUGAAAGGUCCACAUUAGCCCAACUGAUCAAGGAAUUCGGAGGUGAAGUACAAGAAAAGUUGACGAAAAGGAAUCAAGGUGAUCAGCGAGCUGUUACUCAUGUAAUCGGAGGCAGUGAAGGGGAUCGUGUAGCGGAAGCUCGGAGACAGAAGUUCAAAGUAGUGGACCCGUCUUGGGUUAUCGAAUCGAUAGUAAACGACAAGCUCAUGAAAGAAGAUUUGUUCCCUCUUGAGGGAGAGGCUUACGUUUCAUAUGGAGGAAGGACAGACGACUUGUGGCCAGAGGCGACUAGAGCAGCCAAGAGCGGUCGAUUUCGUGCUAGCACCUCGGGGAAGUCUUCCGAGCAGGAAGUUCCCAGAGACGACUUUUCUGAUUUGAUUGUGGAUGAGCUACAAAUGGAUAGAACACCUGAACAACUGAUCCCAGGAAAGACUAGAGCAACCACAUCCAACACUAGACCGAGCAUGGAAGAGUUUAUUGAUCCUCAUGUUUUUACACCUUUAGUUUGGGGUUUAUUAUGA